GGACUCUGCUGCUUCUCUUCCAGGAAUAAUGUUGUCUUUCUGCCUUCUGGCCUUGGUGCUUCCCUUGGUGAGGACAAAUUUGUUUGGUGAUGAAACACUGGAUGCUGAGUGGGACCUGUGGAAGAGGACCUAUCACAAACAGUACAAUGGGCAGAUGGAUGAAGGCCUGAGACGCCUGAUUUGGGAGAAAAAUUUCAAAAUGAUCACGGCCCAUAAUUUAGAGUAUUCUGAGGGGCUGCACACCUAUGAAAUGGCCAUGAAUCACUUAGGAGACAUGACCAGUGAGGAGGUUGUGAGGACAAUGACUGGCCUGUGGGUUCACAGACGAAACAGGUCAACCAACUUCACGUCUGAGGAUAACACAGCACAAGAGAAGAUCCCUGAUUCCAUUGAUUACAGGAAAAAAGGUUAUGUCACGCCCAUCAGAAAUCAGGGUUCCUGUGGUUCCUGCUGGGCUUUUAGCUCAGUUGGGGCUCUGGAAGGACAACUGAAGAAGAAAAAAGGAAAACUUGUGGAUCUCAGUCCUCAAAACCUGGUUGAUUGUGUCAAAAAGAAUGAUGGAUGUGGAGGAGGCUACAUGACCAAUGCCUUUGAGUAUGUUCGAGAUAACAAGGGGAUUGACUCGGAGAACGCUUAUCCAUAUGUUGGAGAGGAUCAGGAAUGUAUGUACAAUGCAACUGGUAAAGCAGCCAGUUGUAAAGGUUUCAAGGAGGUCCAAGAAGGCAGUGAAAAAGCAUUAAAGAAGGCAGUGGGCUUGGUGGGGCCUGUAUCAGUGGGUAUAGAUGCCGGUCUCUCAAGCUUUCAGUUUUACAGCAAAGGUGUUUACUAUGACAAAGAUUGUAAUGCUGAGAAUAUAAACCAUGCAGUCCUCGCUGUGGGCUAUGGAACGCAAAAGAAAACUAAAUACUGGAUUGUAAAGAACAGUUGGGGAGAAGACUGGGGGAAUAAAGGCUACAUUCUAAUGGCCAGAGAGAAGGAUAAUGCCUGUGGCAUUUCAAGUUUGGCCAGUUACCCUGUUAUGUGAUCGAUCGUCUACCUGGCAGAUAAAAAAGAACGGCUCCAGUAUAAAGAAAAAAGCAGCCAGACCGGUCUCUCUUCAUGUUUAACCCUUUCCUCUGCACUGACAUCAGACAUGUUUAUUCCUUUUAUCUUUAUCCUGUACAUUCACAUGAUCGAUGGCACGCUGCCCACGGGAUGUGUUAUCUCACCUGUCCUUACAGUCAUGAGGAUACACACACCCAUAUCUGUAGGCAGUGUCACAUAGCUAGAACACAAUACUGCCCUACCUACACUCAGCUGUUAAAGGGGAAGUACCAUCUAGAAGUAGAAUUCCAAUAAUAUAUGAAUGGCUAGUAGUGCAUCAGUGGGACACAUUGGUCCCUCCCGCCACCAUCUCAUUAUGUGCCAUGUCAGCACAGAGAGGCACAGUGUGAGACUGGCGGCCAGGGGAAUUCUGUAAUGUUUAGCAAUAAAUAUGUUGGCAUUGUGCAGAGACCGAUGUUCCUUUCCUGCUGCUCUAGGGCACUCUGCACAGAAAGCAUGGCACAAGUAAUAAAAAGUCUAACCCAGAAACAGCUUAUGCCCCCUCCUAAAGAACUGCUGCCUGAAUUGUUGCAGGGGGUCAUUAAACAUAUACCAAUACUAUGUAUAUAAUUAUGAUUUUUUAUGUUUAGGGAAGUAAUAUGGACUUGUUUCAUAGAAAUCUGGAGCAGCAGGGCUGUUCUCCAUAGAUAUUAGUGUUGUUAGUUUCCAUCACAUACCCCACCUAGUGGCACAAUGAUAGAAAUAUCAGUGACCAGGCAAAACCCUUUGGAGCUGAUUUACAAAAGUGCUAAACUGGCAAGUGUAGUUGUCAGUAGCAACCAAUCAGCAAUAUAUUUUGAACGGUUUUCUAGCAAGGUUCCGAAUGUAUCGCCCCUUGUUUAAUUCAGCUUUUAUGUUUGUAAAUCAGCCCAAAGCAGCACUCUAAUGCAGCCACUGACCUUUUUUUGUUCAUAGCAUUGAUAAUUUUACUAGAGCGCUAAAUACAUUGUUUCUUUGCAGAUAUAGACAGGGUUGGACUGGGCCGCCGGGACACUGGGAAAAAUCCCGGUGGGCCUCGGCCCUAGUGGGCCCCAGUCCAACCUUUGCUGGCGCUUCCCCUACUGACUGUUCCUCCCCUGACGCGUUCAAUUUAUAUGCGCUCGGGGAGGACGUCGAGUGGGGGCCCUGCAAGGGGAUUUAGGGGGCCCCUGGGGGGGUAGGAGACACGACUUGCGGGGGCACCUGCAGGGCCCCUGGGGCGGGAGCCCCGGUGGGCCCCGCACCCCCCAGUCCAACUCUGGAUAUAGAGGUUGACUUAAGUUUGAUGAUUGACUUGUAUUAUGGAUUCAAUACAUGACUUUGUUUAAAUGACAAGGAGUCACCAUAUAGGCAGUUGAUAGUAUGUCAGAGCUUCCUGCUUUGGAGCUCUCAUUGUAUACAGUACUGAACCACCUAUUCCCUUUGCUUUCUUGUUGAAUUAGUUUUUCAAGAAACUUUAAAGGGAUAGUUCACCUUUAAAUUAACUUUAAGUAUGAUGCAUACAUUGGUAUUCUAAGACAAUUUUCAUUUGGUCUCAAUUUUUCAUUAUUUUUUUGUAAGUUAUUUAGAGUUUUGUUCAGCAGCUCUUCAGUUUGGUAUUUUAGAAGCUACCUCAUUGCCACGGUGCAAUUUACCCUAGCAACCAGGCAGUUGCCUGAGCAAGAGUUGAGACUAUGAAUGGAGGGCCUUAAUAAAAACAUAACUAAUAAAAAGUAACAAUAACAAUGAAAUUGUAGCCUCACAGAGCAAUCGUUUUUAGCUGCUGGGAUCAGUGACCCCCCAUUCAAAUCCUAGGAAGAGCCAGAAGAGGAAGGCAAAUAAGUAAAAAAAA